CCUGCGGCACCACUCCUCCCUCGACGACGCCGGAGAACACACGCGCUCGAGAGGAAGAUUAGAUUCCUUUCAAACGCUCGACAUCAUGGUUAAGGCCGUUGGGAUCGACUUGGGAACAACGUACUCCUGCGUCGGAGUCUUCCAGCAUGGCAAGGUGGAGAUCAUCGCCAACGACCAGGGCAACCGCACAACGCCCUCAUACGUCGCCUUCACGGACACCGAGCGGCUCAUUGGAGAUGCUGCCAAGAAUCAGGUCGCAAUGAAUCCCAACAACACUGUGUUCGAUGCCAAACGGUUGAUUGGGAGGAAAUUCGAGGACUCGUGCGUUCAGGGGGACUUGAAACACUGGCCCUUCCACGUGAUCAGCGACGGAGGCAAACCCAAGAUCGCGGUCGAGUACAAGGGGGAGAAGAAGACCUUCUUCCCAGAGGAAAUUUCUUCGAUGGUUCUCAUCAAGAUGAAGGAAACCGCAGAAGCCUACCUGGGCGGAAUCGUCAAAGAUGCUGUCAUUACCGUGCCUGCCUAUUUUAAUGACUCGCAGAGACAGGCAACUAAGGAUGCUGGUACCAUUGCCGGCCUCAAUGUCUUGCGUAUCAUCAAUGAGCCAACAGCAGCCGCCAUUGCGUAUGGCCUGGACAAGAAAGUGGGAGGUGAACGAAAUGUCCUCAUCUUCGAUCUGGGAGGUGGUACGUUCGAUGUCUCGAUCCUUACCAUUGAAGAUGGCAUCUUCGAAGUGAAAUCAACAGCUGGCGACACUCACCUGGGAGGCGAAGACUUCGACAACAGACUUGUCAAUCAUUUCAUGAAUGAAUUCAAGCGAAAGUUCAAAAAGGACUUCAUCGAAAACAAGCGUGCUGUUCGCCGCCUUCGCACAGCUUGUGAACGAGCGAAGAGGACACUUUCUUCAUCUACACAGGCCAGCAUUGAGAUCGAUUCCCUGUAUGAUGGCGUGGAUUUCUAUACCUCUGUCACUCGUGCCCGGUUUGAGGAACUGUGCGCCGACCUCUUCCGUGGAACCCUUGAACCCGUGGAAAAGUCCCUCCGUGACGCCAAGAUGGACAAGGCUCAGAUCCAUGAAAUCGUUUUGGUUGGUGGAUCUACAAGGAUACCAAAGAUCCAGAAACUCCUGCAAGACUUCUUCAACGGAAAGGAGUUGAAUAAGUCCAUCAACCCAGACGAGGCCGUUGCUUAUGGAGCUGCUGUCCAGGCAGCUAUCUUAGUAGGAGACAAGUCUGAGGCUGUGCAGGACUUGCUGCUUUUGGACGUAACGCCCCUCUCAUUGGGCAUUGAAACAGCAGGUGGCGUGAUGACCGCUCUCAUCAAGCGCAACACAACCAUUCCCACGAAGCAGACCCAGACCUUCACAACCUAUUCAGAUAACCAGCCAGGUGUACUCAUCCAAGUGUACGAGGGCGAGCGAGCCAUGACCAAGGACAACAAUCUCCUGGGGAAAUUCGAGCUCGCCGGCAUUCCUCCAGCUCCGCGAGGCGUGCCGCAGAUCGAAGUCACAUUUGACAUUGAUGCCAACGGCAUUCUAAACGUCUCUGCCAUUGACAAGUCGACUGGCAAAGAAAAUAAAAUCACCAUAACCAAUGACAAGGGUCGCCUCUCCAAGGAAGAGAUCGAACGCAUGGUUCAUGACGCUGAGAAGUACAAGGAGGACGACGAAAAGCAACGGGAACGCAUUUCUGCCAAGAAUAGCCUCGAGUCCUAUUGCUUCAACAUGAAGUCAACAGUGGAGGAUGAAAAGUUCAAGGAUAAGGUCUCCGAGGAAGACCGCAACAAAAUCCUUGAAGCUUGCAAUGAAAGUAUCAAGUGGCUCGAUGCCAAUCAGCUUGGGGAGAAAGACGAGUAUGAACACAAACAAAAGGAGGUUGAGGGUAUCUGCAACCCCAUCAUCUCGAAGAUGUACGCGGCUGCAGGAGGAGCCCCAGGCGGCAUGCCAGGCGGUGCCCCAAGCGGAGGCGCAUCUGCUGGCGGCCCAACCAUUGAGGAGGUCGAUUAACUUGAUUCACUUCCAAUAGAUAUGUCUUCACUGUAAACCACUUUCUCAAGUUAAAAAUGUCCAUAUAUACAUAUGGAUAAUGAUUACUGCAGAAGCGUUUGGAAUGAAAAUAAGAAAAUGUUUAUAUAUAUAU